CUUUUGGGAACUGUUGUGUCGGACAAAAUGAACAAAACAAUCAAUGUGGCUGUCAAACGGUAUCGUUUGGUUCCAAAGAUCAGGAAAAAGAUGACGUACACUCGGAAGUUUAUGGCACACGAUGAAAAAGAAGUUGCGAAUAUAGGCGACUUGGUCAUGAUUACCCCAUGCCACAGGCUUUCGAAGCACAAGCACUUUAUGCUUCGAGAAAUCAUCCGGCCAAAGGGACAGAUUUAG